UAGCUUCGUUCGGGUUGCUAACGUCUUUCCUGGGAGAUGGGCGCGCAAACCGACCAGUGGGUCUGGGGGCGGCGGUGAUGGGCGUGGAGCUGGCCCAAUGAGGGUGGGAGUGGGUGGGGCAGGCGCGAGCAGCAGUGCUAAAGGAGCCCGGCGGAGGCAGCGGUGGGUUUGGAACUGAGACGCUGGAUCUGUGGUCGCUGCUGGGGACGUGUGCCGGCGCCACCAUCUUCGGCUGAAGAGGCAAUUACUUUUGGGUCCUUCUGUUUACAAUGGCCCAGAGAGCUGGACUGGAGGAUCCCGAGAGGUAUCUCUUUGUGGACAGGGCCGUCAUCUACAACCCUGCCACUCAAGCUGACUGGACAGCUAAAAAGCUGGUGUGGAUUCCAUCAGAGCGCCAUGGUUUUGAGGCAGCUAGUAUUAAAGAAGAAAGGGGUGAUGAAGUUAUGGUGGAGCUGGCAGAGAACGGGAAGAAAGCAAUGGUCAACAAAGAUGACAUUCAGAAGAUGAACCCACCAAAGUUCUCCAAGGUGGAGGACAUGGCAGAGCUGACAUGCUUGAACGAAGCCUCUGUCUUACAUAAUCUGAAGGAUCGCUACUAUUCAGGACUUAUCUAUACUUACUCUGGACUCUUCUGUGUGGUGAUAAAUCCUUACAAGAACCUUCCAAUUUACUCUGAGAAUAUUAUUGAAAUGUAUAGAGGGAAGAAGCGCCAUGAGAUGCCGCCACACAUCUACGCCAUAUCAGAGUCUGCAUACAGAUGCAUGCUUCAAGAUCGUGAGGACCAGUCAAUUCUUUGCACGGGUGAAUCAGGUGCCGGGAAGACAGAAAAUACAAAGAAAGUCAUCCAGUACCUUGCCCACGUUGCUUCCUCUCACAAAGGAAGAAAGGACCAUAAUAUUCCUGGGGAACUUGAACGGCAGCUUUUACAAGCAAAUCCAAUUCUGGAAUCAUUUGGAAAUGCGAAGACUGUGAAAAAUGAUAACUCAUCUCGCUUUGGCAAAUUUAUCCGGAUCAACUUUGAUGUAACUGGCUAUAUUGUUGGGGCCAACAUUGAAACAUACCUUCUGGAAAAGUCUCGUGCUGUUCGUCAAGCUAAGGAUGAACGUACAUUUCAUAUCUUUUAUCAGUUGCUCUCUGGAGCAGGGGAACACCUGAAGUCCGACUUACUCCUGGAAAGUUUUAAUAACUACAGAUUCCUCUCCAAUGGCUAUAUUCCUAUUCCUGGCCAGCAAGACAAGGAUAACUUUCAGGAGACCAUGGAAGCCAUGCACAUAAUGGGCUUCUCUCACGAAGAGAUCCUCUCAAUGCUUAAAGUCGUGUCUUCGGUGCUGCAGUUUGGAAACAUCUCUUUCAAAAAGGAGAGGAACACUGACCAAGCUUCCAUGCCGGAGAACACGGUUGCACAGAAGCUCUGCCACCUGCUCGGGAUGAAUGUGAUGGAGUUCACUCGGGCUAUCCUCACGCCCAGGAUCAAAGUUGGCCGAGAUUACGUACAGAAAGCCCAGACCAAAGAGCAGGCAGAUUUUGCAGUGGAAGCCUUGGCAAAAGCUACCUAUGAGCGGUUGUUUCGCUGGCUCGUUCACCGCAUCAACAAAGCGCUGGAUAGGACCAAACGCCAGGGAGCUUCUUUCAUUGGGAUCCUGGAUAUUGCUGGUUUUGAAAUUUUUGAGCUGAACUCAUUUGAACAACUGUGCAUCAACUACACCAAUGAGAAGCUACAACAGCUGUUCAACCACACCAUGUUCAUCCUGGAGCAGGAGGAGUACCAGCGAGAGGGCAUCGAGUGGAACUUCAUCGACUUCGGCCUCGACCUGCAGCCCUGCAUCGACCUCAUAGAGAGACCUGCCAAUCCCCCUGGCGUGCUGGCCCUCCUAGACGAAGAGUGCUGGUUCCCCAAAGCUACAGACAAAACGUUUGUUGAAAAGCUGGUUCAGGAGCAAGGUUCCCACUCCAAGUUUCAGAAGCCACGGCAACUGAAAGACAAAGCUGACUUCUGUAUCAUCCACUAUGCGGGGAAGGUGGACUAUAAGGCAGAUGAGUGGCUGAUGAAGAACAUGGACCCCCUGAAUGACAACGUGGCCACCCUCCUGCACCAGUCAUCAGACAGAUUUGUGGCUGAGCUUUGGAAGGAUGUGGACCGAAUUGUAGGUCUGGAUCAAGUCACUGGUAUGACUGAGACAGCUUUUGGCUCUGCAUAUAAAACCAAGAAGGGCAUGUUCCGAACCGUCGGGCAGCUCUACAAAGAGUCUCUCACCAAGCUGAUGGCAACCCUCCGAAACACCAACCCCAACUUCGUCCGCUGCAUCAUCCCAAAUCACGAGAAGCGGGCUGGAAAACUGGAUCCACAUCUCGUGCUGGAUCAGCUUCGCUGUAAUGGUGUCCUGGAAGGAAUCAGGAUCUGUCGCCAGGGAUUCCCCAACCGGAUAGUUUUCCAGGAGUUCAGACAAAGAUAUGAGAUCCUAACUCCCAAUGCUAUUCCUAAAGGCUUCAUGGAUGGCAAACAGGCCUGUGAGCGAAUGAUCCGAGCUUUAGAACUGGACCCAAACCUGUAUAGAAUUGGACAGAGCAAGAUAUUUUUCCGAGCUGGGGUCUUGGCGCACUUAGAAGAAGAGAGAGAUUUAAAAAUCACUGAUAUCAUCAUCUUUUUCCAAGCUGUAUGCAGAGGUUACCUAGCCAGAAAGGCCUUUGCCAAGAAACAGCAACAACUAAGUGCCUUAAAGGUCUUGCAGCGGAACUGUGCGGCGUACCUGAAGCUGAGACACUGGCAGUGGUGGCGCGUCUUUACAAAGGUGAAGCCUCUCCUCCAAGUGACCCGCCAGGAGGAAGAACUCCAGGCCAAAGAUGAGGAGCUGCUGAAGGUGAAAGAGAAGCAGACAAAAGUGGAAGGGGAGCUUGAGGAGAUGGAGCGGAAGCACCAGCAGCUUCUAGAAGAGAAGAAUAUCCUGGCAGAACAACUGCAAGCCGAGACUGAACUCUUUGCCGAAGCAGAAGAGAUGAGAGCAAGACUUGCUGCCAAAAAGCAGGAACUGGAGGAGAUUCUCCAUGACCUCGAGUCCAGGGUAGAGGAGGAGGAAGAGCGAAACCAGAUCCUGCAGAAUGAGAAGAAGAAGAUGCAAGCGCACAUUCAGGACCUAGAAGAACAACUGGAUGAGGAGGAGGGGGCCCGGCAAAAGCUUCAGCUGGAGAAGGUGACAGCAGAGGCUAAAAUCAAGAAGAUGGAAGAAGAGGUUCUGCUUCUCGAAGACCAGAAUUCCAAAUUUAUCAAAGAAAAGAAACUCAUGGAAGAUCGAAUUGCUGAGUGUUCCUCUCAGCUGGCUGAAGAGGAAGAAAAGGCAAAAAACUUGGCCAAAAUCAGGAAUAAGCAAGAAGUGAUGAUCUCGGACUUAGAAGAACGCUUGAAGAAGGAGGAGAAAACUCGGCAGGAACUGGAAAAGGCCAAACGGAAACUGGACGGGGAAACAACCGAUCUGCAGGACCAGAUCGCUGAGCUGCAGGCGCAGGUCGAUGAGCUCAAAGUCCAGUUGACCAAGAAGGAGGAGGAGCUCCAGGGGGCGCUGGCCAGAGGAGAUGAUGAGACGCUACACAAGAAUAAUGCACUUAAAGUUGCACGGGAGCUGCAGGCCCAAAUUGCUGAGCUCCAGGAAGACUUUGAGUCUGAAAAGGCUUCAAGGAACAAGGCUGAGAAGCAAAAACGGGACUUGAGUGAGGAGCUGGAAGCUCUGAAGACAGAGCUGGAGGACACCCUAGAUACCACAGCAGCUCAGCAAGAACUCCGCACAAAACGUGAGCAGGAAGUGGCAGAGCUGAAGAAGGCUCUUGAGGAUGAAACUAAGAACCACGAAGCUCAGAUCCAGGACAUGAGACAGAGGCACGCCACAGCACUGGAAGAGCUCUCUGAGCAACUGGAACAGGCUAAGAGGUUCAAAGCCAACCUGGAGAAGAACAAACAGGGCCUGGAGACAGACAACAAGGAGCUGGCGUGUGAGGUGAAGGUGCUGCAGCAGGUGAAGGCAGAGUCAGAGCACAAGAGGAAGAAGCUGGAUGCCCAGGUCCAGGAGCUCCACGCCAAGGUGUCCGAGGGUGACAGGCUCAGGGUGGAGCUGGCCGAGAAAGCAAACAAGCUACAGAAUGAGUUGGAUAAUGUCUCAACCCUUCUGGAAGAAGCGGAGAAGAAAGGUAUUAAGUUUGCUAAGGAUGCAGCUGGUCUGGAGUCUCAACUACAGGACACACAGGAGCUCCUUCAGGAGGAGACACGCCAGAAACUGAAUCUGAGCAGUCGGAUCCGGCAGCUGGAGGAAGAGAAGAACAGCCUUCAGGAGCAGCAGGAGGAGGAAGAGGAGGCCAGGAAGAACCUGGAGAAGCAGGUGUUGGCCCUGCAGUCCCAGCUGGCCGACACCAAGAAGAAAGUGGACGAUGACCUGGGAACAAUUGAGAGUUUGGAAGAAGCCAAGAAGAAGCUGCUCAAGGACCUGGAGGCACUGAGCCAGCGGCUGGAGGAGAAGGUCCUGGCGUAUGACAAGCUGGAAAAGACCAAGAACCGGCUGCAACAGGAACUGGAUGACCUGACAGUAGACCUGGACCACCAGCGACAGAUCGUCUCCAACUUGGAGAAGAAACAGAAGAAGUUCGACCAGCUGCUGGCAGAAGAAAAGGGCGUCUCUGCUCGCUAUGCAGAAGAGCGGGACCGGGCUGAAGCCGAGGCCAGAGAGAAAGAAACCAAAGCGCUGUCCCUGGCACGGGCCCUUGAGGAGGCGUUGGAGGCCAAGGAGGAGUUGGAGAGGCAGAACAAGCAGCUUCGAGCAGACCUGGAAGACCUGAUGAGCUCCAAAGAUGACGUGGGGAAGAACGUCCAUGAGCUUGAGAAGUCCAAGCGAGCCUUGGAGCAGCAGGUGGAGGAGAUGAGGACCCAGCUGGAGGAGCUGGAGGACGAGCUCCAGGCCACUGAGGAUGCCAAGCUCCGCCUGGAAGUCAACAUGCAGGCCAUGAAGGCCCAGUUUGAGAGGGACCUGCAAACCCGAGAUGAGCAGAAUGAAGAGAAGAAGCGGCUGCUGCUUAAGCAGGUACGGGAGCUCGAGGCAGAGCUGGAGGAUGAGCGGAAACAGCGGGCACUGGCUGUGGCUUCGAAGAAGAAGAUGGAGAUAGACCUGAAGGACCUCGAGGCUCAGAUCGAGGCUGCGAACAAAGCCCGGGAUGAAGUGAUCAAGCAGCUUCGCAAACUCCAGGCACAGAUGAAGGAUUACCAGCGUGAACUAGAAGAAGCUCGAGCAUCUAGAGAUGAGAUUUUUGCUCAAUCCAAAGAAAGUGAAAAGAAACUGAAGAGUCUAGAAGCAGAAAUCCUUCAGCUGCAAGAGGAGCUGGCCUCGUCUGAGCGAGCCCGCAGACACGCAGAGCAGGAGCGAGAUGAGCUGGCCGAUGAGAUCGCCAACAGCGCCUCUGGAAAGUCUGCAUUGCUGGAUGAGAAGCGGCGCCUAGAAGCCCGGAUCGCACAGCUGGAGGAGGAGCUGGAGGAGGAGCAGAGCAACAUGGAGCUGCUCAAUGACCGCUUCCGCAAGACCACGCUACAGGUGGACACACUGAACACAGAGUUGGCAGCGGAGCGCAGCGCUGCCCAGAAGAGUGACAAUGCCCGCCAGCAGCUGGAGCGACAAAACAAGGAACUGAAGGCCAAGCUGCAGGAGCUGGAGGGAGCGGUCAAGUCCAAGUUCAAGGCCACCAUCUCAGCCCUGGAAGCUAAGAUUGGACAGCUGGAGGAGCAGCUUGAGCAGGAAGCCAAGGAACGAGCAGCUGCUAAUAAACUAGUCCGUCGAACAGAGAAGAAACUGAAAGAAAUCUUCAUGCAGGUUGAAGACGAGCGUCGGCAUGCAGAUCAGUAUAAAGAGCAGAUGGAGAAGGCUAAUGCCAGGAUGAAGCAGCUUAAGCGUCAGCUGGAAGAAGCUGAGGAAGAAGCUACACGUGCCAACGCAUCUCGACGUAAACUCCAAAGGGAACUGGACGAUGCCACCGAGGCCAAUGAGGGCCUGAGCCGCGAGGUCAGCACUCUCAAGAACCGGCUCAGACGGGGCGGCCCAAUCAGCUUUUCGUCAAGCCGAUCUGGCCGGCGCCAGCUGCACAUUGAGGGGGCGUCGCUGGAGCUGUCAGAUGAUGACACAGAAAGUAAGACCAGUGAUGUCAAUGACACCCAGCCGCCUCAAUCAGAAUAGGCGCAGGAGGUCAGAGGUGACGCUGAGGACAGGCCGGAACUCAGCCCAGCACCAGUCUGCUUGAGCCCUGCUCUCACUACUCGGGAAUGGCAAGCUCCCAGAUUCCUUCCAGGAAAGUCAACCGUGUCUUAAGGCUUUGCGGCCUGCGCAGACUAUAUCCUGCUUCAGACUAGGUACAAUUGCCCCUUUUUAUAUA